CACCGUGACUGGUCAGUUUGAUUGACAGGAAGCGUGCUUUCUAAUAGGACGAACCAAGUCGGGCGUUUCUUUGUGAUUGGUCGGUCGGCAGCGCCCGGUAUCCGGGUAAGAUGGCGGCGGUGGACGAGUGCCUGGCCCCAGCUCGGUGGCGGUCAGUUUCCCUCACACACGUCGAGUACCCCACAGAUGACUUGACGGGACAGCUGCUGGCCUAUCUGAGCCUCUUUCCCAUUUUCAUUCUCGUCGGCUUCGUCACGCUGAUUGUGUUUAAAAGAGAACUGCACACGAUCACAUUCUUCGGAGGACUCCUCCUAAAUGAAGGUGUAAACUGGGUGCUAAAGAACAUUAUUCAGGAAACCAGACCGUGUGAAGGUGCUCAUGCCACGGUCACAACAGAAUAUGGGAUGCCUUCCAGUCACGCGCAGUUCAUUUGGUUUUUCUUCUUGUACUCAUUCCUCUUCCUUUAUUUACGAAUGCAUCAAACUAACAACGCCAGAUGUUUGGAGCUCUUGUGGAGACACAUCUUAUCAAUCAGCUUGUUAACUGUGGCCUUCUUCGUCUCCUACAGCAGAGUUUAUCUAUUGUACCAUUCCUGGCGUCAGGUUAUAUAUGGAGGAGUAGCAGGCAGCAUCAUGGCGGUUGUCUGGUUCAUCAUCACACAGGAGGUAUUAACUCCUCUGUUCCCGAAGAUUGCAGCAUGGCCAAUUUCAGAGUUCUUUCUUAUCCGGGACACAAGCCUUAUUCCGAACAUCCUGUGGUUUGAAUACACCGUAACACGGGCAGAAGCGAGAAACAGACAACGAAAGCUGGGAACGAAACUGCAGUGAAACUCGAGAAUCACAAACUUGGAAAAAAAAAAAAAAAAGGACCACACACUGGAAAAACUGGACAGGACGGAGAGUGGGUGGGGAGGGAGGGGCGCCGUUGGAGAGGUGGACCACAGGAAGUGCUUGGACUGACCGGCAGCCUGACGACGCUGACUGGUGGGGACUGGCGGUGGUUUGUGCAGCUUGCUACCUGCUCCUGAUGCAUGCGGGACUGCGGGACUCGGACUGUCGAACUUAAACACCGUUGUAUUUUAUCCACAAAGGCACGUUUCUGGGAAAAAAAAAAAAAAGUACUGUAUCCCUCGGAAUUUGGGAGCAAGAAGUGGAUGUCAUGGAGACGGACGGCCG